AUGGCUCCCCACGGCACCGGUCCGACUCGAAAGAGUCAUACGAAAUCGAGAAAAGGAUGCAGAACCUGUAAAAGAAGGCACAUCCGGUGCGACGAGACUUUUCCGCAAUGCAAAAAUUGCACAAAGCAUAACUGCAGAUGUGACUACAUGGACCAUCCUCCUUCGGAAGAAGCUCCUCGGACUCUGGAAGAGCCGAACCUUCUCUGGACUCCAAGGAUUGAGAGCGAGAUCGAAACAUGGCAACGGACAGGCGUUUUCCCUUUUCCUGAGAUGGAUUUGCAGUCCUCUCAGCAUUUCCGUGGCCUUUCCCCGAUUGACUUGCGCCUGAUUCAUCAUCUAUCGAGUAUCUAUAGAGACAUGAGGCUUGCAGACUUCGUGCAAUGCACGUUGUGGGUGCAGCAAAUUCCUAGCUUCUUCGAUGCGGCUUUCGGGUAUGAUUUCGUAAUGAGCUCUAUCUUGGCCCUCUCUGCCACGCACAUUGCUUGGAUGACGAACUCGGUCGAAACCAAGAACCUUGCCUACUUCCAUCGGGGGGUGGCGCUCAAAGGACUCCAAGGCGCCAUUGGCAAUUUUUCUAGGGACAAUUCAGACGCUGUUCUGGCAGCAUCGAUCUUGCUAUCUUGGCAGGGGGGCUGGACUUCGCUGAUGCAUGGCAUAUCCACCGUCAUUAACUCCAUGAGUUCGUGGAAGCACAUCUCACGUUUCUCAAUGUACAUUGAAGAUCACCCAGCCUUCUUCUCACCGCAUUCCAUGCAGGGUACCUCAAUCUCAUUCGAUGACGAGUCAUUGUUCCUGGCAAAUAAUUCGCUUCAUCGAUUGUCGGCUCGUCUGCCCAACGUCCACCCUCUUGCACAGCGGCUCCACGAGAUCCUGAAUUUCGCGCAGGACUUUCAGUCAUGUAGCACUUCCAUGCAGAGCAGUCAGCUCUUCGAGAAAUUGCAGCCCCUCAGGGCGAGGCUCUUCUGGAUGCCAGUCACUCUGGUCAAAGCUAAUGACAUGGGAAGUUCGGCGAUGGUCCUUCUCGCGCAACUCUACACGCUGGCCUUAGCCAUUGACUCUUCUAUUCCCGAACUUAGUGGGGCGGCUCUUGGCUCCUUGACCGUUCAUGCUAUCGAGCAAAUUGAUACAAAAUUACGCUACAAUCAAGCUAUCACUGUUCGUGCGGAAAUGAGUGUUUCAGACUUAGACGAAUUGAUGCAUCUUCCUCGCUUGACGCUGGCUCGACACCAAAUCGCGGCGCAGUCGAGGUUGGGACAAAGCCGGCGAGAAGAAGCAUUCGUUCAAAGCAGUACUCCACCACAUAGUCAGCACAGUCCAUACAGCUUCCAGCAUUCGAGCAUGGGAUCGCAACCGGGUACUCCUGACUAUCCUCCGCCUGGGUAUCCGAGCACUCCGCCUAUGCUGCCGAGCCACAACUUCGACGACCUCAGCCACCCGCCGUCUCCUUUCCUUCAUUACGGCAGCCCGGGAUCCAAUCCGUAUUCGCAAAGCUCUCCAAGGCCAAACAGCCUUUCUUUUGACAAUCGAUCUCUUCCAGGAUACGAAUACAGUCUUAGAGGUGACUCACCGGCGUACUCGCCUUCGUCAUACUCGCCCGGAUUUAUUGCCAAUUCAGACGAAGAAGCAUGGGCUUUUGGAGGGCACUCGCCAAGCUUUCCAGAAGGCGAUUUCCGACAUGACGAGUCUCCACACAAAGGCAAGCAGCCACAAAUGAACUGA